AUGGAUCCCCACGCAGCUCGCGAGCUGCUGGAGUACCUGCGCACAUGCUACCCGAUCUUCCUGCUAUGCCUCUUUGCCGUGGCCUUCGUAGUCAAUACGAUGAUCACUGCGAGUAGGUCGAGCAACAAUGAAUCCGUUCGCAUGGGUCCUGGGGGACGACCACUCCCCAAGCGAUGCCGCAGUGCAGCUCCCGCUCGGAAGCCCAAGGAGUUUUCUCCCACCGUCAAACGCUUCUUCAAUUGGUUUUCGGUGGCCGUACUCGUCACCUACCUGAUUGAUGCGACGAUCUACAUUCUCCAUGUCAUGCUGGCCCGAUCCGAGCAUUGGUGGCGAGGUCAGUCUGCAGUUAUCUAUAUCGUCGCUUCAUUCUUCUUCUACGCCGUCUUAUUGAUGACACUGCUCGACACCAGCCCGUCUCCGACAGCCGCUCAAUUCGUGUGUUGGCUCGCCGCCAUUCCUCUCGAACUCGUUAUUCUUAGCACCUCUCUCUCCCUUUACACUUCGCCUCACCAUGAGCCCGUCGUUGGUGAUCCCGAAGGCGGCAAGCUUCGCAAAACUAUUACUCCCUGGGAAUACUCUGAAGUGGCGUCGAACAGCCUCCGCGUGAUGAUUCUGCUGGCUCUCGUUGUUCUGUACGCCAGCAAGUCAAUCACGUGGAAGAGCCAGGACUCGAAGGACGGGCACCGUGCAAACGGCGGCGUCAGCGAGUCCACUGGACUCCUGGAUGCCGCAGCUGCAGAGAACGGCAACGGAAAUGCCAAUGGCCAUGCCUAUGGCGCGACCAAUGGUUCGUCGGGCGAAAGGACCAAGCCACAACCAGAUCCUUGGGUUCGCCCGACGACCAUGCCUUCCACGAGCUGGUGGGAGUAUCUGAGCGGCUACUCGCUCUUUUUCCCCUACUUGUGGCCAUCCAAGUCCCGCCGCCUGCAAAUUGUUGUGGUCUUUUGCUUCAUUUUGCUCAUUCUCCAGCGAAUUGUGAACGUAAUGGUGCCCAACAAGGUGGGAGACAUCAUCACUAUUUUGGCCAACGAGGAAGGGAAGGAUUUCCGUGUCCCUUGGCUCGAAAUUCUGAUGUAUGUGAUUCUCCGGUGGCUGCAGGGUGGCCAGGGCUUGCUCAGUUCGAUGCGCUCUAGCCUGUGGAUUCCGGUCAGUCAGUAUUCUUACAUGGAGCUGUCUAAUGCCGCCUUUGAGCAUGUGCACGGCCUCAGCUUGGAUUUCCACCUCGGAAAGAAGACUGGUGAAGUGCUUUCUGCUCUAAGCAAAGGUAGCUCUAUCAAUACAUUCCUGGAGCAGGUAACUUUCCAGGUGGUUCCGAUGUUAAUCGAUCUGGUCAUUGCAUUUGGAUACUUCGUUAUUGCAUUCGAUGCAUACUACGCACUCGUUGUUGGUAUCUCGACUUUCGGCUAUCUUUACGUUACUAUUCGAAUGGCUCAGUGGAGAGCUGAGAUCAGAAGACAGAUGGUGAAUGCAUCGCGCCAAGAAGACGCGGUCAAGAACGACUCGAUGGUCUCAUAUGAGACGGUCAAAUAUUUCAAUGCCGAACAAUACGAGUUCCAACGCUACCGCGAUGCCGUGGGCGAGUUCCAAAAGGCCGAGUACCAUGUUCUCUUCUCUUUGACGCUUCUCAACACCUGUCAGAAUACAGUAUUUAUGAUGGGCCUGCUACUCACCUGUUUCAUUGCCGCGUACCAAGUUUCCACCGGCCAGCGCCAAGUCGGUCAAUUUGUUACUUUGUUGACUUACAUGGCCCAGCUUCAGGGCCCGUUGAACUUCUUCGGCACCUUCUACCGUUCGAUUCAAUCUGCACUGAUCAAUGCCGAGCGUAUGCUCGAAUUGUUCCGGGAGCAGCCUACGGUGGUUGACAGCCCUUACGCCACUCCUCUGACCACGUGCAAGGGCGACAUCAAGUUCCAGGGCGUGGAUUUCUCGUAUGAUAAGCGCAAACCAGCCCUGAACGGGCUUACUUUCCGCUGUGAACCCGGUACCACGACUGCCUUGGUUGGCGAAUCAGGUGGUGGCAAAUCAACAGUCUUCCGGCUGCUCUUCCGAUUCUAUAAUGCCGAGAAGGGAUGUCUCACCGUUGAUGGCCGUGACGUUCAAGAUAUCACAAUUGACUCUCUGCGGAGGCACAUUGGUGUGGUUCCUCAAGAUACCGUACUCUUCAACGAGACAUUAAUGUACAACUUGAAGUACGCGAACCAGUCAGCCACGGAUGAGGAUGUCUACGAGGCCUGCCGGGCUGCCAGUAUCCACGACAAGAUUCUGGCGUUCCCUGACGGGUACAACACGAAGGUUGGUGAGCGCGGGUUACGUUUGAGUGGUGGCGAGAAACAGCGUGUCGCAAUUGCACGCACCAUCCUGAAGAACCCUCGAAUUAUACUUCUUGACGAGGCCACCGCCGCUCUGGAUACUGACACGGAAGAGCACAUUCAGGGGGCUCUCUCGACCCUCUCGCACGGCCGUACUAUGCUCGUGAUUGCCCAUCGCCUCAGUACCAUCACAACUGCUGACCGAAUCCUGGUUUUGGCUGACGGUCAGGUGGCCGAGAGCGGCACCCACGAGGAACUACUGCUUCUCAAGGGCCGCUAUGCCAGCAUGUGGCGCAAGCAGAUCCGAGCCCAGAAGGCUGCUGCUGAAGCUCAAGUUUUGCAAGACCGCGCCGAGCGUAUCCGCAACGCCACCCACAGCGAUGACAGCUCUAGUCAAUCCGACGAGGACGGCAAACGCACUCGUCGUGCCGCUCACUAA